UUGAAGUUCGCAAUGCAUUCAGACCUUGGAAAAAUCAUUCAGACGAUCCUCGAAGAAUUUUGGAAGAGCCCUCCAGUGUUGGUUUCAAGCUCAGCAUCUUUGCCGUAUCGUUUUAGUGGUCCUGCUGCUAUGGCUCCUUACUCUCCUCAGGGAUAUCCAUUUAUGGCACCAUAUCUUCCUCAGGAGUCUACUGUUCCUUGUCUUCCGGAUUCAGUAACAGGCCCAGGCUUUAGUAGCUCUAGACCUGCUGCUCCUGCUUAUGGAUUGAUUACAGAUUUGCCUUUACCAGUUCCCACAGCUGACUCCUCAGAACAGUUAGGUUUGAAUGGUCAUAGUUACAAGAUGCCAGAUCUCCCUGACCACUUUGCAGAACUCAAUGAACUCAGUACAACACAAUUGACAGAAUUAAAUGAGAACGAGGUUCUGCUACUGGAGCAUUUCAUCAGUUUGCCACAAUUGAAACAGAUCUGCACAGACAAAGACAAUCUGAUUAAUUACAUCGAGGAACUAGCAAAAAAAAAUCUACAACUUGAACCUAAGUUGGAAGCAGAAAGACAAGAGCUGUUAGAUAAAUAUGAUCAGCUAACUCAACUGAAAAGUAAUUUUGAGAAAAAAUUGCAAAGACAACAUGAACUGAGUGAGAGCUGCAGUUUAAGUGCCCUGCAGGCCAGAUUGAAAGUAGCAGCUCAUCAAGCAGAAGAAGAAUCUGAUGUGAUCGCUGAUGAAUUCCUUGAGGGCAAGGUUGAAAUUGAUGAUUUUCUCAGCAGCUUCAUGGAAAAGAGAACUCUUUGUCAUUGUAGACGGGCAAAGGAAGAGAAGCUUCAGCAUUUAAUGACACAACAUGGACAGUUCCUCUCACAAUAGAGGGCACUUCUGUAUGCGUAAGAAAUCAUUUUGGGUCUAUCCAUUGAAGAUAAAAUAAUACACGCUUGGACCAUGCCACCAUUGCUAAUGCUGUUGUUUUCUCUCAGCAGUUAAGUUUUUGAGCUGAAAUGCAUGUUCUGGACAAGAUGGAAUGCAUUCAACUGCAAAAUGAAAAUUACAGAUGUAUCAAUACAUUUAGUGAAUGUUAUUUGGAUGACCUUUUUGAAAUGAUGUUUUUGUAAAAUUGGUUUCCCAUAUUAAAAUAUAGCUCAAAAUAACCAAAAUUUACCUAAAUUUGUUCCUGUAUGAUUUCAAUAUUCUUGGUAAAUACUGUUACAUUUGUAAGUAAUAACUGUGGAUUCCUGUAUUAAACAUACUAUUAAUCUGUAAAUAGUACUGAUAAUUGCACUGUGUUGCUUUAAUCUUCAUAAAACACUUUCAACUAGUUUUAUUGUUGGUGAAAUUUAUUGAGCUGAAUUUUCAGUUUAAGAAUUCAACAUUGCUGUGGCACUCCAUUGGUAUGUUGCAACAAGCAGUCUCAAGAUCAUGCUGAGAUAAUUUAUAUAACUUAAAACUAGAUGAUGAAAAAUCAUUACUUCAGAAGUUUUACAAAGUAAAUGUCUACAUACUCUUUAAAAAUCACUAAUUAUGGAAAUACCACAAGCUACAUCACAUUUUUGUAUUUAAUUAACCAUAUCAAGAUGUUACAAUGUGAUUCUUCUAUUGAUAACAUGUUAAGAUAUCACAGGAUUGUCAGGAAAUAAAUAGCAAAUAUUUAAUAGCAUAUAUUCUUUUCAUAAGAGGGAAUAAAAUCUCAAACUCAUUGUGUAAUGGUCUGCACAUGUCGAGUUUUCUAAUGUGGGACAUGGAGUCAUGCAUUCAAGGGUUACAGGUACGUUUUUAAAAAAGGGCAGUGUUUAAAGUUGAAACUGGGUGGAUUUGCAGAGUGGGCUCUUCAAAACAAAGCUGCUUUUGAGUAAUGAAAACAUCUACAACCAUCUUGGUUCAAGUUGAGAAAAAUAGCAUUUUUCUGGACAUUAAAAGUGGAUAACUUUGAAAAGAAAGUUCAUUUGGAAUACUUAUCCAUUGUAUUGCAGUUUCAUGCAUGAUUGUUUAGACUACUUGAUCUUUGCUUGGCCUUUGUACGGACAUGAGUCUGAGGCUAGUCAUUUCUUAAAUAAUUAGAAUGGGGUACACCAAAGCAAUUACAUUAAGUACAAUUCAAUUUCUUAUUACCUACUCCUUUCAGAAUUAAAUAGAAUAAAUUUAUUUUUCAAAGGAAAGGUACACUUAGAGGGCAUCAUGUUUUUGACUCUACAUAUUCAUAUUUUGACAUUUAUCUGAAUUUUCUUUGCAGACAUUUGUGAUAAAUCAAUUUCAAAGAUUUUUCUUUAGAUAUGAAAAUCCAAAUACAGGAAGUCUCCACCAUUUGGUGAUCUGCAGUUCAAGUCAGCAACGCCUGAUUCCUGGUCACUAUUGCCAGAAAGAUCCGUGUCUGAAUGCUUCAUACCGUGUGUCAGAAUUGUAGUUUCUGAAUCUUCAUCUGCUUGUGAAGGGCUACAAGAAGUGAAUGGUUUCCCAUUGUCAGUGUAGUCCUGAGGAGUGUUAGCUAAACACUGAUCGAAAGUGGAGAUUUCCAGUUUAUGAAGUUGUUUGAUUUCUCCUUUUCUGUUUCUCAAAUUGGAUUGAUCCAGUCUUGCUAACUUCUGUUUAAAAAUAAUCAAAGUACAAUGUCAAGCAAUCAAUCUUAAAUUAACAUGAGCUCAAAACCCACAAGAGGUUAACUUAAAUUCAGGUAAAUAAUUAAAUCUGGACUAAGUACCUGGUAACUACAGUAUUAAUGUAGGACCUUCUGAUUUACUCAAUGUUUAGGGAAGGAAAUCUGCUAAGAGUCGCAUGUAUGCCAGAGAAUGUUAUGGUUGAUUGACACUCAACUGCUUUUUGAAAUGGCCUUGCAAGUUACUCCAUUUGAGGUAGUAGCUCAAAAGCCAUUUGGGAUGAAUGAAUCUCCCAACUGUGUAUUGUAAAUUAAAGUUUGUCUUGCCAAAAAGAAA